GAGAAUUAAUGGAUAUCUUCCAUGAAUCGUCCGGACUUGGCUGCACAACAACAACGCCGAUGACAACGACGUUCACCAGACGCUUCCCACAACAGCAGCACCACCGCACUGCGGUGGGUGGAGCUGAUGAUGAGGAGAUGCAGCAGCGGCACGUGGAGCACGUUGCGGCCACGAUCAUCACACGUGCCGUACGGCGCGUGGCAUGGCGCCGUCUAUUUCAACGGCUCAAGCUGGCCGUUAAGGCCGCGGAAACGGCAUAUGCUGUGGAUUUUAUUCGAACCCUGUGCCCUGCGGAAGCAGAGCUUCUUCUAGACCCCACACUCUCGCCAACCAUACGCUUUCGGUUUGGUGGUGACCAGUACCCCCCUCAAAUCUUCUUCAAGAUAUAUUUGAGUCCUUGUGGCACAAAGGUGCAGUACAUGUCCGCUCGCCAGCUCUUCCGCGCAUCAACUCAGGCGGCGGAGGAUGCGCGGAGUAUGAUGGGCCCACGAAAGUACAUGGAGCAAGUGAUUGAGGACUGGUAUCUGCACGUCAACUCCGGUGGCAUGAGCGAUCUCAUCGACGUCAGCGACGAGCGAGAAUACGUGCAGGUGAUGACUGCGCUGGACAAGCAGUCGGCCAUGUCUGGUGGGCGAUCAAACGACUGGCGCCCGCUCCACACCAUCGAGCCGACAACAUCAUCGAGUACGGUGAACGACUUUAUCGAACACGUCAGAAGCGGCGGCCGCACGGAACUGAAGAUGAUAACUCAAGAGCUCAAUGCGACGGUGCUGAUUGAUGACCAGCUGGCGAAGUUGCGGGCGGCAACAGCACACCGCGCCCUCACGCGCACACGCACGGGAACGCAGACGGGACGCAUGUCUGCACACGGCAGAGCGCGGCGCAUGAAUCAGCUGCGCCGCGCAUAUGGUGUGGGCACUCCGCAGACGCAGCAGACGCCACAGCUUGCAGCCUCACUGUCAUCGACAAUGACAGGAAAACCUGCAACCCCUGCAUUACAGCAGCAACCAUCCGCAUUACAGCAGCAACCAUCACAGCAGCAAGUAGUUGCACGGAGUGCUCUUGCAUCUGCCCAGGAGCAGCGUGCAGGAACAGGGAGCGAGCGACGAUGGUCGCACAGCCGCCCGGCAAACGAGGAAAGUGCACUGACCAUGGUGGAGGCACCUCACAGCACAUGGCGCGAUGAUAGUGGUGGUGAUGGUGCUGGUGAUGGUGCAGGGGUUGCGAGACGUCGUGGUGACGUGGGUGGUGGCGAUGAGGAUGUGUUUGAUGCCAGUGGCGGGUUUGGCAGUGUGGACGGUUAUGAUGAUUACUAUGAAGAGGAUGAUGAUGAAGACAAGCUGUUUGAAUGGUCGCAGCAGGUCCCUGUAGACGUCGGCGCGCUUGACCUCGACGAGGACUUGUUGGGCUCGCUUUAGCUUGGUGCUGUUGUGUUGUUUUGUGUAUGUGUGUGUGUGUGUGUGCGUGUGUGUGUGUGUGUUUGUGUGUGUGUCAGCGCUGCUUGUCUUGAUGAACUGCUUGUGUUCGAAAGCGGGUUGUAUGGUGUAUGUCUUCCAUUUUUAUUUUAUCGCUGACGAAGUAUGAAAGGCAUUGACAAUAGCGUGCGGCUCUUUACUUCUUUCAAGCCUGUGUGUUAUUGCUGCGCUCUUGUUACCAACACAGCAAGUGAACUGUUGUCUAACUGA